UCAUCAGCGGUGGUGUUGGUGGUGGUGAUAGAGAGCAGAGCAGUCUGGAGCUACACACUGCAGAGCACAUCUCCAGCUGCUGUUAGCCUACCUGACGGCACAGCAGCCUCCUGGCUCACAUCACAGCUCGUCCUGGAGGGGAAUGGGGGCCACCUAGCCCGCUUACUAGCCGACUAGAUUUCCUAGAAGCUGGGGGGAAAGCCUCGAAGGCUGGCGGUCCAGCAAGAUGGUAUCCUGGAUUAUCUCGAGGAUAGUUGUCCUUGCCUUUGGGACGCUCUACCCGGCGUACUCCUCGUAUAAGGCCGUCAAAACGAAGAAUGUGAAGGAAUAUGUGAAAUGGAUGAUGUACUGGAUAGUGUUUGCAUUGUUCAGCACAGCAGAAACGGUCACAGACCUGCUCUUAUCAUGGUUUCCAUUUUACUUUGAGCUAAAGAUUGCAUUUGUGAUCUGGCUGCUGUCUCCGUACACCAAGGGCUCAAGUGUUCUGUACCGCAAGUUUGUCCACCCCACCCUGUCAAAUAAAGAGAAGGAGAUAGAUGAGUACAUCGCACAGGCCAAAGACAGAAGUUAUGAGACCAUGAUGAAGUUUGGAAAACGGGGUCUCAACCUGGCUGCUAACGCUGCCGUCACUGCAGCCACCAAGGGGCAGGGCGUGUUGUCAGACAAGCUGCGGAGUUUCAGCAUGCAGGACCUCACUCUCAUCAACGCUGACGACGAGCUGGCUCUGCACACUCCGGAUGCCCGCAUGAGACGGGACCCCAUGGAUGAGAUGAGCUCGGGCGCGAGCACGCUGCCCCGGGCCAAGAGCACCGCUGCACGGCAGGCUCGCUCUGUGGCAGCCGCGUCCCUUAUUGAUGACACGUCGUCCCAACACAGCUCUGACCUGUCAGACACAAGGACCGAACACUCUGAUGAGGAUGUGGGAGAUAAAGGGCACAAACGCAGUACCAGCGUCAAGGCAACCAAGAAGCCUGCUGCUGCUAAGACCGAGACUCAAACCAAGACAGUGAAAAAGCCGGUGAAGAAGAAGACGACAACUAAUAACGCAGAGACGCCACCAUGAGUCCUGCAGCCCACACAUGCACUGGCCUCCACUUGCUUCACCCACAGCCUGCAGUCCCUUUCUCCUGUUUGGUGUCCACACAAGCGCACAUAUACACUUUACAUACAUGCAUUCAUUUUAAAUACACUUCUUUUAAAUUUACAGGCCCUUGUUUAUGAAGUCUCGUUCUCUUUAAGGAGAAUUUAGCUGAGAUUUAACUGAGACUUUUUUUUUUUCUUUUUAAUUUCACACAGGCCACAGUCUUCAGCUAAUCUUGACCUGACCAUUGUGGUAGAAAUCUUCCAAAGUUUCUCUUUUGAAGCACUGAAAACUGGAACUCUGGGCUCUCAGUAUUUUGCCAUCAUUUUAAACUAAGGAGAAAAAGGCAAAAUCUCCUUUGAGGCCUACAUUAAUCAAUGAGUGGAUGAGUGUGUCCAUCCUUACUGCUGUUGAGCUCAUCACACCUGUCACUCAGGACCAGCCUGUCUUCACUCUUUUACAGCAGUGUAUCCUGUCUUUGUUUAAUGUUAAACUAAUUCUUUUCUUUUCUUUUUGCUUCCAAAGUUUCAUUGUUAGCUUGUCCUCAGCCUGCUUCCUCUGAGUGAGUCUGGCUCUGCCACGUUCAGGUCUCACUCUUUCACGUCACACACAGUGCUGAUGAUGAAUUAUUUGUUCAGUGCUGGUUUUGUGAUCCUCGAUCUGGACGCUACUCUGAGGUCAUAUAUAACUAUGAUCUGUGAUAUUAGUAAUUAAUAAGAUCAAUAAGAUCAGUUGUGCUCAGCUGGAUCUGUGAAGGCAAUGCUGCCAAUGAGUGAUGACUUUCAUGCUGGUGUUUUUGAGCUAACUUAUCCACUUUCACUACAAAGGUGAUGUUUGUAUAUCAUUUCCUUUCAACAUUUCACAGUGACUCAGUACCUCUGCAUUUUCUUUUACUCCUUCUAUCCAGCUGUGUGGUGACACUUGACCUGAUUAUUAGCGUUUCUGCACACUGGAAGCUUGGAUGGAAUAUAGAAAUAUUUGAAUAGUGACAAAAAACUACUGUGAGUGAUUAUUUUAGUCUCAGAUAUGGAGGGAGAGUGAGAGCAGGCUGUGGGUGUUUCUAAAAUUACUGGACUUCUGGUUGUCAGCCACUGCAUUAGGUAUACUGAGUACACGAGAGCAUGAGAGGAGGUCAGUGCUCAUUACUGCUGUCCGCAGUGUGACUCUUGAACCAGUAGGGGGAGCCAAAGCCCACCUCCACUGUUAGCUGAAGUUGCUGAACCACAUGUAAACACCAACAUGUAAAUAGUAACCUUGACUGUAUAUACAGUAUGAGCUUGCUUGCCUUAUUCAUUCUCUGGGCUUAAAUCAGUUUUUAAUCAUUUCUGUGUAUUUUUCAUUCUUAGUCUUGACAAAUCACACGUUCUGACUGAGACCAGAGGAACCUCAGACUUUCAGUAAAGACUUCUGGUAGUAGAAGUGAUUAUUGAAUUUUUAAUUAACAUGUUUACUUUUCUCCUUGAGACAUUUAACUCCAUCUCAGUGUAGGGAAUCUGCUUGUAAAUUUACAUUUUAUUUUUGGUAUUUUAGGGCCAAAAGUUGGAAACAAGACUUUUUUUUUUUUUCUUCUCCUUAAUUUAAUGUUUACACUGAAUAAAAACACAUCACAUACUGAAAAGACAUUUUGUGUUAUGAAGAGAAUGCUCUUCAUUUUUAUCUUGUGUCAUUCUGAGAUAUUUAUUGCUGAUUAUUUUGAGUUUAAAAUCAGUAUUAUAUACAGGGACGUUCAUUUGUAUCUUGUUUGUGUCAGUUAUCAAAGCUCCACAUCAAAGAGGAUAAUUUCAUGUGCCGGCACAGUGGUACCUAACAAGGUCAUGUAAUGGUUAAUAAAGUACUAAUAA